AGCAGAACACUUUCACUUUGAGCACGGUGAGGACACAGAGUGGCCAGAGGGAGAGACAGAGAAGAGGAGGCCACUGACUCUCCCGCAAAAUCCAUUAACCAGUUACGAGGAAGAGGGGAGGGAUUCAUAUUAGGCUGUUCAGGAAGAUUCUAGGUCAGUAGUGAGAGGGAGAAAGGGAAAUAUAGUAUAAAACAAACAAAAGCUUUCAUAGGAAAGGGCUGCAGCCACUCAGGCUUAAGUGGGAAAAUCCAAAGUGAGAGAGGAGGAUGGCGUGAGAGGAUAAAUGAGACAUUUAUUGGAAAGUACCAACAGGAGUCAAAAGGAAGGAAUGUAUUAGGGAUGUGAACAAGAGGACUGCGUAUCAAACGGUGAAGAAGAAGAAGAAGAAGAAGAAGAAGAAGAAGAAGAAGAAGAAGAAGAAGAAGAAGAAGAAGAAGAAGAAGAAGAAGACAGCAGUCAAAGACCUCAGGAAACCACAUAGGAGGAAACUUUGCCUUUUACAGACUGACACAGAAACCCAUCUGCGGAGGGAUUGCCUUCAACAAGAGAAAUGGAGAAGUGUCCAUUCUUAGAAAGAUAAAAAGGAUGUCACUGCCAGUUUUGCUGUUGCUAUCACUCUUGACUGUCCGAUGUGGUGGAUGCGACUUUGACUUUGAUGGUGUGAGAAACAUUAAAAUGACUAUCGACUCCAAUCCGACUGGAUUUCGGACAGUAUUUCCUAAAGAUUACUAUGUAGUCCACCGCUACACAAAAAACAUGCUUUGUAACAGUGAUCCGUGUUGCGUGUUCCCUGCUGCAGUGGUCCUCCUCGAGUCCUGGCAUGUGCUUCUCGGAAACCUCUGGGAUGAGCACCUUAAUCACUCCUUAAUCCUGGAACUAAAGCAGACACUGGAAAAAAUUAUAAAAAAGAACAUAAAUACAGAGAGGUUCCAGGAGGAGACUGACCUGACCCAAUUCUCCACAUUAUCGUCGUCUCCUGAAGAACUGCUCAAGCUCACGUCAGAACUUCUCACCCGAUGGCUCCAUGUCGGGUGCUUGCCUUUGAUUAAAACCUGCAUCUUGCCCACUUUCCCCCCCGCUGUUGAGAGGAAGGACUACGGCCCGUCGAGGGCCAGACUCUUGACGACCCGAGCUAUCAGCAGUGAGGAGGAAGAGCACCCUGACAAGAUGGUGGACAUUGCUCUGCCGCCGUCAAAUGCUGGUGCUCCAUCCCUUUCAUAUUCCGCUUCUGUCUGGAGCCCCUUGCUAUUCAGACUUUACUGGUGGUUGUUUCCAUAGUUACGUCAAAGGAUCUUUUUUUUGUGACGCACACAAAAUGCAAGACCUUUUCUGGCACUGAAUGUUUGUUUUCUUAUACUUGUGUCUUUGUGUUUCAAUGCAGCAAGCUUUGUUAAUAUGAAGUGACAUGCACAGGUUGCAUUUAAUGUCCAAAGUAAGUUCACAUAGUUGUACAACAGUGCUCUGUAACCACUGAUAUCACAGAUGUAAACGUAUAUCCAUCCUCUCUAGAGCGAGCCAAGAGCUCUAGCUAGCUAUGCUCUUCUUGCUAACCAGAUAUAAAUCAUCUAUUGAUGUGGAAUUCAUCACUGUUUACAAUGAAUGUUAUGUAAAUGUAAGAUAUUGCUGUCUACGGGCGUAGACUUUUGUACAUAAUUGUAAAUUAAAGACAUUUAGAUAUAUACAUAUAUAUACAUACAUAUAUAUAUAUAUAUAUAUAUAUAUACACAUUGUUAGUUUUUGAUAUAAUAUCCCAAGGAUUGUAAGCUAUAUUUAUUGUGGGCUUUGCAGUUUGUCAUUAGCAAUCUAAAGUAACCAAGUACAUUUAAUCAAAUACUGUGCAAUUUUGUAUGCCCAUUUUGUGCAGCUUUCCACUUCUACUCUGUUCCAUUUCAGAGGGAAAUAUUGUAUGUUUACCACCGCUACACUAAUCUGACAGUUGGAGUUAAUGGAUUACAGACGCAAGGCAUUGUUAUAAAUGAACACCCAGUUUAUGAAGUCGUUAAAAUAAGCUCCAGCAACUGCAGCAGUAAAAUGCAUCAACAAUACUCACAUAAGAAUAAAAGUGUUACAUUCACAGAGAGCACUUCCUGCAAUAUAUACUUUUGUUUUUGAUGCUUUAAUAUAUUUUUAAAAAACUACUAGAAUACUACUAGAAUUACUUUCAAUUAUGAUUUUUUUUUUUGGAAUUCGUGACGGCGUAUAUUCACAUGGUGGUAUUAAUAUUUUUGCUUAAGUAAAAGAUCUCUUUGUCAGUACAAACAGGACUUGGAUUUUGUUUCCCCUUCUUUUCAAAGGGAUUCGUUUUUGUUUUUUUACUUGCAUUCCAUCAACAUGACAGAGUUUGUGUUAAGAUCCAACAUUCGUGGGAGCUCAACCAUGACUGCCUUCUCUUUAAAAGCAUUCAUUCCCAGGGUUCAAAUGCUUUACAACUAUUUUGUAACUCUGAUAAAAACUGAAGAGACGAGUUGCAGGUAAGGGAGGAAUGCGCUCUGGAUCUUACAGGACUCCAGAGGUUUAGAACGGCACAAGAAAUAAAAAGUCCACCAUUUGGUGUUCGCACUUGCCCCUACUUGUACACACCCACGCAUGUAACAUGCACCACUGUCGUCACAGGAUACUCAUUGUUUCAUAAUCCUUAAAAUACAGAGUUAUGUAGAAUUGGCAACUGCAGUACCAGACGUUUGGCCUGCACCCCAGGUUUUUGAUGACAUUUUUCCAACAUACUUUUUGUCAGAAUUUGACUAAAUGGGAUGAAACAAACAGAAUAACACAUGAAUGCAGAUUACAAAGAGUUAAAUCAUCAUAGUGCUAGAAGACGACAUGUUUUA